AGUAAUCGUGUUUUCGUUGUCGUCGCCGUCGUCGUUGCAGCUACUGAAGCUUCGUCCGUUCUUCGUCAUUGAUUUUUUAUUUUUUCCAACGCAUUUCCGCAAACGGCAGUGAAAAAAUUUUGUGCCAGUCAAAUAAAAUUCCCUAGCGUUAUAAAUUGUUGCAAUUAAUUGCAAAUUGUGGAAAAUUUGCAAUUAUGGGCGACAAUGAGCAGAAAGCGCUGCAAUUGAUGGCCGAGGCCGAGAAGAAAUUGACACAACAGAAAGGAUUUCUCGGCUCGCUAUUUGGUGGUUCGAAUAAGGUAGAAGAUGCCAUCGAAUGUUAUCAACGCGCCGGCAAUAUGUUCAAGAUGUCCAAAAAUUGGUCAAAAGCCGGUGAAUGCUUUUGUGAGGCAGCAAAUUUGCAUUCACGUGCAGGUAGUCGCCACGAUGCCGGGGUUGCAUAUGUGGAUGCAUCCAAUUGCUACAAAAAAAUCGAUGUUGAAAGCGCUGUCUCGUGCCUGUUAAAGGCAAUUGACAUCUACACCGAUAUGGGACGCUUUACCAUGGCAGCAAAGCAUCAUCAGAGCAUUGCUGAAAUGUAUGAAAGCGACCCAGGAACGCUGGCCAAAGCUGUGCAGCAUUAUGAACAAGCUGCUGAUUAUUUUAAGGGCGAAGAAUCGGUGAGCUCAGCCAAUAAAUGUAUGCUGAAGGUCGCUCAAUAUGCCGCACAGCUGGAAGAUUACGAAAAGGCCAUUAAUAUUUACGAGCAGGUUGCUGCUUCAUCCCUGGAAAGUUCACUGCUCAAGUACAGCGCUAAAGAGUACUUCUUCCGGGCCGCGUUAUGUCAUUUGAGUGUGGAUCUAUUGAAUGCUCAACAUGCUAUUGAAAAAUAUGCACAGCAAUAUCCAGCAUUCCAGGAUUCGCGUGAAUUCAAGCUCAUUAAGGUACUUUGUGAGCACUUGGAGGAGCAAAACAUCGAAGGCUUCACAGAAGCGGUCAAAGAUUACGAUAGCAUUUCACGUUUGGACCAGUGGUAUACCACAAUAUUGCUUAGAAUUAAGAAGGCAGCCGAUGAGGAUCCCGAUUUACGAUAAAUUUACAACAAAUAAUAAUUAUUCCAGAUAGUAAACGUAUAAAAGGAAUCAAAACAUAAACAAAAACGUAAUUUUUAAAUUCCACAACACAGUACCAUAAGAUCAAUAAAUAUUUUUUUCGAAGACAGCAAUAAGUAACCCCAGUUAUUUAUCUACAUCAAACAGAAAUAUAUAUAUACACAUAAAUACUUUCACUAGACAAAACCAAUCAAGAACCAAAUACACACAGGAACAUAUUUUUUGCAGACAGUACCACUACAUCUACACACUAACAUACUAAUACUAAACAGCAGACAUAUUCCAAUUGCUAAUAUUUCGUAUAAAAGAUGGAAAAUAAUCAACAUUAUUACUAUUAUUAUUAUUAUUAUUAUAGAAUAGAAGCAAUAAUAGCUUCUUAAAACCAAAACAAAGAUAAACAUAUUUUAAUUUAAAAUUUCAUAUUGUGUAAUACAAAAUGUAACAAGUACUUUAAAUGACCUAAAAAAAAGUAUGUAGUUCGAGGAACUUAAAAAAAUGGGAAAUAGAAAUUUUGCAUAAUUUUUCAUAUAUCAUGGCAGCCGUGUAAAAAAAUCGCCAAUGCUACCGGCACGGUGCGCGGUGAUAUUUGCUUGAAUGGAUCUCAAAUGAAUUCUGAAGUAUGAUUCAACUCGAUCAUAUUCUUCAGGCAUGCUAAACACUGUAUCUAAUUCGCUUGCCAAGUUCACUCAGGAGAACCACAUCUUGCCAGAAAGGCUACUCUUAACAAUCAUGAGAUAGGGGAAUGAUAGGAAAGAAAUGCUGGAACAAUCUGUAUAUCGAGAUGAAGAUAAAGUGAAAUUAAUAUCAAAUGACGAAUUACUUAAUGCUCGAAGAGAAAAUUGUAACCUGAGAGUUAUUUGUGUUUUAAAUACCACACAAGACGAUUGUGCAAUGCAUACGAAAUCCUACACGAGAGCGUCCCUGUCUGCAAACCACAAAAUGUUGACGAAAUUUCUGUUACAUCUAAUAAGAAGUUGUAGAAUUAUUUGCGUUGUGGAUUUGUCAUAAAUGUAUCUGAGGGAUAUUCGUGUAUUGGUCAAAAACGGCAGGGAAUUCGCUAGUCAUCUUUUUAUCAACUGAGAUGCUAAAUAAAUUUACCGUUUUCAUUUUGAAGAGAAAAUUGGUAUUUAGGAGAAGAGAGAUGUUGUGAUUAGAUGUGCAAGUGUAUCUGGAUUGCACCUGAACUAAUUCGCUUGAACGAAAAGAGUGCAACGCAAACGGAGUAAGCUGCUACAGCAACAACAAGUGCAACGCAAACAGAAAGAGAUGAUUUGAAUGUAAAGUUAAAAUUUCGUGCUUAAUAACGGUGAAAUACAAUAAAUGAUCUUACAGAACAGAAAUGAAUGUUCUUAGUAACAGCAAUGAAUGUUCUUAGUAACAGUAAAAAUACAAAACAAAACUAACGAUGUUAUGAAAAUAAUGAAAGAUGUUGGCUAUUGCAAUGCGGUAAAUGGAAGCAUUGAAAACAAAACAAAAAAAAAACAUGCUUGAAGCAUUUUGUUAUGUUUGAUUAAAUUGAUUUGAUGCAUUUUUAAUGCAAUAUUUUUUUGGAGUGAUUUUAAUUCAUUUAAUGAAUAUUUUUUAUAAUAAAUAUUUUAUAUGCACCAAAUACUGGUUUGUGGUUUUAUAAUAAUUUUGUAACCAUAUUUUUUUUUUUUUUUUCUAUUUUGAAUUUGAAAGUAUUUAUACUAUUUAAAACUCUUUUUUAUUUGUGUUUAUUUUAUUUUAUUUUUCUCAAGGCUUACAACUUUCUAAAUAUGUCUGUUGCCAAAUUUUAAUAUACAUAUAGAGUUCUAUAUAUACGUACGAGUAUACCCAUUAUAGGUGUUUGUUAAACGUUAAUUGUAUUAAUUCAAUGUUAUUACGCGUUAUUUGAAAAAUGUAAAGCUGUAACACUUUAAAUCAAAUUGUAUGCUAUUAAAUAUAUAUACAUAUAUUUAUAUAGCAUAGGUUAACUUGGUAAAUGGAUUUUAUUUGAAUUAGAUGCAACUGUUAUUGUAAUACUUGGUAAAUGGUUUAUUUAGUUAAAUAAAGAAGAACAACAACAAAAAUGUUAUAAAAGCAAAAACUAACAACAAUGAAAACAAUAACUAUGGUAGAAAAACACAUACAUACAUAUAUAUGUAAAGAUAUAUAGAAAACAUUAAAAAUCUAUAAAGGAGCGCCAUAUAAAAAUGGCAAAGCAGUAAAGUGCAAGAAAUGUGGAAAGAGAAAAUGUUUGUGAUGAGAAAAAUGCAUGAAAUAUUAAAAUAAAAACCAUGUAAACACAUACACAUUUGUAUAAUUAUAACUUACAUAUAUGCAUUCUAUAUAAAUAAGUUUAUAUUUGUAAGCAAAGUCGAGUAAGUGGGCCAAUAAACGUAGAUAUGUAAGCUGAUUACACUGAUUUAUUAAAAUAUGCUGCACCGAAACUUAGCUUAGAACGCAGUUGGCGGCAGCACAGAAGUCAAUACCAGCGACCUAUGUGCUGUUUCGCAUAAUUUAUGUAAAAGAAAAAAUAAAAUAAAUAAUUAAAGUUGCGCAACAACUUAUUAACUAUAAACAAAAUAUUAUACAUACUUACACAUAUAUAAAAACAAUUACUAAAUUAUAUAAUAAAAAAUAUGUUAUUGAAUAUUAAACUCAAAAAUAUUUAAACACAUAAAUUAAAAAAGCGCAUAAAAGCAUAUAUAUAUAUAAAAUUUCUUGGGGAGUAAACUUUAAACGAAAUUCCAAUUUUUUUUAUACCUAAAACGAAUAUUAAUUGUUACGUAUUUUCUUUUCAAUAUCGCAAACAUUAACUAUUAUCAUUAUUAAAUACCAAAAACAAAAAAUAACCAACAAACAAAAAUGCGACGUUUCGUGCGCGCAAUACAUAUUUAUGCCUACAUACUCAUAUUACUACAUUACUAACCCCAAUCCAUGCGCAUGCGCAUACAACAACAAUAUUAUUUAUCUACAUAUACAUGCAUAUAUUCCAAAUAACACGUAUUUUAUGCAAAUAUUAUGCUUUAGAGAAAACACUGGAACCUAUAAAAUAUCUACACAAAUAUGCAAGCAAUUAAAUAAAAAAGCGAGAAAACUGCAUUUGAUUAACGUAUCAUAACCGCGCAUAACCUAGUAAACGUAAAGAGCUGGAGGCAAGUAGGGAAAGUCCAUACAGUAAAAAAGUAAAAAGCCAUUACAAUAAAUGAAUAUUAGCAAAAAAUAACUUUAUCACACAUUUAAAACAUUUGUAGUGAAUUAAUAGAAACAAUUUUAUUAAAAGUUAGCAAUUUGAAAAAAAAAAACUUUAUUAUUAAACAAAUAAAAAAACAACAUUAAGAGUUGAUGCCGAGAAAAAAUGAUUAUUGUUCUUAUAUUUAAUAACACUUAAGAGAUGUUUAAGCAUGCAUUCAAUAAAAUAUAAAUAUGUGUGUAUUAUUGUAAUUACCAAACAAACUAAAACAAAGAGUAAGCAGGAGAAAAAAUUGAAAAAAAAAAAAAAAAAUACCAAAAUUGUAAAGCCCAUUGCCACAUAAGUGCAGAAGGAAGAACUGUUGGCGCACGCACCACCUGGCACAAAACGUAGACGGUGGAUGUUCAAAAUGAAUAGUAAAAUAAAUUAAUGAAAAGCACGAAGAAAGUGUCUGCAGUGACUAGCAUUAGCCCAUAAAGCGGCAUGAAAGCAUGCACAAAAAUCACGCCAAUACAAUAAAAAAACGCAUGAAAUUAAAAAAAGAAAACACAAACAACGAACAUUUUGACGGCAACAAAGACGACAGAAAAAUUAACGAAUAACGAAAUUACUGACAAAACAAAAAACACAUGAAAUUGACUAUCAAAUGGAUUUAACAGAGUAAAAGUUGUGAAAUGUUAAAAAAAACUUGGUUUUUAACGCUUUUGAAAGCUUUAAAGCAUAUUAAAAAAUGUUAUUUAAAAAGCAAACAUAAAAUUGCCUAUCAAAUGGAUUUAACAGAGUAAAAGUUGUGAAAUGUUAAAAAAAAACUUGGUUUUUAACGCUUUUGAAUGCUUUCGGCGAUAUUGAAAUAUGUUUUUUAAGCAGUUUUCAAGCUUCCAAUUUAUUUACGAAAAAUAAAAUUGCAGUCAUAACUGUUUCAAGUACAGUGUAAUAUCUUCAAGUGACAGGCUAAUCACCUACUCUGUCAGAAAUCAAAUAGAUUAGCGAAACCAACGCAAGCCAAAUCUUGUCGCGGCCCUAUGCUCCCGAGAGGAAUGAACAAGGAAAACAAUACAAAAAUACAAACUUCAUAAGCGGCUUUGUACGCUUUUACAAACUCAAAAGGCCUUUUCAAAUCAUUCUCAGAAAAAAUUAAAUGGGUAAAAGUUGUGGAAACACGUUAACGAAUGCAAUGUGUCCUACAAACCCAGCAGAAAUACAGUUAAGAAUGCUUAAGAAUUACAUGAAAGCGAUUUUAAACAUAUAAUAAACUGAUAAAUGCAUAUUGGAAUAGUCAAAAAUGACGCAAGCCAAUAGGUAAUUUGCCAUAAAUCGCAAACCAAAGCAAAAAAAAAAAUGCGCUCUAUAGCUCAAAGGCAGGUUUAAAAAAUAUUGAAAACUAAACAACUAUUGGUAAGCAUUCAUCAUUUCAUGCCAAAGAGUACGUGGUGAAUUUCGAAAACUGUAAACCGGCGUAAAAAAUCGCUACUUUUGCUUCAAAAAUUGUGAAAAAGAAGUAAAAGAACGCAAAAAAUAGCCACUUAAUGCAGCAAAAGUGGGUUUAAUUGUUCAAAAACAAAAAGUUUUACUUCAGAGCUCACAAAAAAUGAAGUUAAGAAACCAAAAGGGUUUUAGUAACUUUUUAAAAAACACUUAAGACAUUCAAAACACGCGUGGCGUGCUUAAGAAUCGCCCAGUAUGCAGUUCAAAGCGCAAAAACUGCUUAAAAUGUAAAAAGAAACAUUGAACUGUGUUCAAAAACUAGAAACAGCACACAAAAAUUAAUAAGUUAAUACAAAAACACAGCCUUCAAGCGUUCAAAAGCGUGAAAUACUAAGCAAUAACGCCUAGAAAACAAGCUAAUUAGUCCAAAAAGUGGGAAGAUAAUUUCAAAAAUGCUUUUAAUGCACUCAAAAACGUAUGGACAGCUAACAACAACUUGAAAGCGUUUUUGAGACAAUGAGAAAAAGCGCAACUCACACUAAUUUCAACAGUUUAACAACAAAACCAGUUUGAAUAUGCGUAGACAUAACAAACAAUUAGACGUAACCUCACUUACGAAGACAUACAAAACAUUAUUAAUAAUUAAAAAAAUAAAAAAACUAACAGCGUAGUGUAUGAAAAAAAUGUCAAAAGCGCACCAAAACGGACAGAAUAUAAUACAUACAAGCACUCAAAUUCUUAGAAAUUAAAAUAGAUUGAAAAUUAUUUUACAAAAAAAUUGUAUGAAGUAUAUUUCUAAAAUAUUUUAAUUUUUAUGCAUUUGAGAGUAAAUUAAAAAAGGAAUAACAUUUACAAUAAGACACAUAAAAUUUUAUAAACGGCUUGAAAAAAAUAACACCUGACAAUUUUUGAAAAUAACGAGCAAUAUAAAAUAUUUCACCGCCUCCGCUUUCAUGCACUUUAAGGUACCAAAUAAAUAAUUACGUAUCCAAAUAGCGGAUGAAGCUGAAAAUAUACAUACAUACUAGUCCAAAAAUGCUUAAAACGCAUUCGACACUACACCUCAAAACUGGAAGACACAUUGAAAAAAAGUUGAAUACUAAAAAAAUCAAAAAUUCUUCAUACCACAAAAUCUCACACCUGCUCCAACAUAGCAUGAAAGUCAUUUUCCUAACUCAUCCUCAAUACUUAAAAUAAAUCCUAAAUCGACAGAGGGCAAUUGUUAACCAACUACAACACUUAACUGUUUUCAAAUUCUGUAAAACUUUAAAAUGUAUUUAAAAAAACAUCAACAAAUGUCAAGAAAAAAAAUAUUAAUUAAAUUUACAUAGAAGUUUGUCAAAUUAAGUAGUAUAAAUUAGCACCAAAGCGCUGCGAUCACAUAAAACUAAUUACAUAACUCACAACGACGCAUUAAAUUACAACUUCAUAAAUAAAAAAAAUGAAAUCAUAUAAAACUCAGCAGUUUCAGUAAUUUUCAAAUUUCCAAUUUGUGUGUAAUUCGUUAAAAAAUAGUUCAAACAUUAAGCAGUACACUGUAUACUACCAAAAAAAAAAACAAAUCAGGAAAUGUUAAAUGGUUAAAACAAAAGAAUUGUAGCGAAGCAAAAUUUAGUGAAUAAAAAACACACAAAAAUCUUUAUGUCACCGCCGUCGAAUUAAAUAGAAUAAAAAAAAAAAAUAAUAAAAUGUAUUAAUGAUUAAUAUAUGGCAUUCAAAUUGGACGCGGUUAAACUGAAUGAAAGGCGCCAAAGUCGAGUCAAAUUUAAGUAAAAAAUGCACGGCAAAGUAAUUUUUUUGAAAAUUGUAUGAAUUGUAAUGUUGAAAUAAACAACCAUAAAAACCAAAAAAAAA